AUAUAUAAGCAAAAGGAAGAAGCAUUAUGUCUUUGCAAAAAGCCAUGGAAUAAUAUACAAACUUUAUAAACAUAUUGCAUACAAGUUAUGAUAUAAUUGGAAAUUAAAAUAUCAUUCAGUGAAACAGAAUAGAUAUUAGUGUUUAGUGAAACAAAAUAAAUACUAUCGUGCAGUGAAAACAGAAAAGAUACUAUUGCGUUCAGUGAAACAAAAUAAAUACUGGUGUUCAGUGAAACAAAAUAAAUACCGGUGUUCAGUGAAAACAGAAUAAAUUUUAGUGUCCAGUGAAAACAGAAUAAAUAUAAGUGUCCAGUGAAAACAGAAUAAAUACCGGUGUUCAGUGAAAACAGAAAAGAUAUACCUUUGCCUUCAGUGAAAUAGAAUAAAUACUGGUGUUCAGUGAAACAAAAUAAAUACCGGUGUUCAGUGAAAAUAGAAUAAAUUUUAGUGUCCAGUGAAACAGAAUGAACACUGGUGUUCAGUGAAAACAGAAGAUAUACUAUAGUGUUUAGUGAAACAGAAUAAAUACUGGUGUUCAGUGAAAACAUAAUACAUAUUAGUGUCAGUGAAACAGAAUAAAUACCGGUGUUUCAGUGUAAUUAAAAUAAAUAUUAGCAUUCAGUGAAACAGAAUAGAUAUACUGGUGUUCAGUGAAACAGAAUAGAUGCUAUAGCGUUAUGUGAAACAGAAUAAAUACCGGUGUUCAUUGAAAUCGGAAUAAAUACCGGUGUUCAGUGAAAACAGAAUAAAUAUUAGUGUCAGUGAAACAGAAUUAAUACCGGUGUUUUAUUGUAAUUUGAAUAAAUAUUAGUUUUCAGUGAAACGGAAUAAAUACUGGUGUUCAGUGAAACAGAAUAGAUGUUAGGGUUCGGUAAAAACGGAAUAAAUACAGUGUUUAGUGAAACAUUAUAAAUACUAGUGUUCAGUGGAACAGAACAAAUUUAAUGUUCCAUGAAAAAAAUACAUCUACACUUUUGCCGGUUUGAACUAUAAUAUAUCUUUAUGUUUAAUACCAAAUAGAAUUGUGGUAUCUGACAAUGGAUGAACACAGAGUGGAUUAUAGAAAAUGGAAACUAAAGUGUAUAAAUCAGGAAUGGUUUUUAGAUAUCGAUGGAAAACUGAAAUGUUUAGAUAUUUUGAAAAAAUCGCGUACAGCUCAAUUAAAAGAAAACGUUAUUUUCACUGACAAUGUCAGGUAUCAAGUAAUUGAAGAGAGCGAUGGCGAUAUCUCGAUAAGAGAAAUAGAGAAUGUGACUGAAAUUAAACGCACGAAAACUGUAAAGGUGACGGAGUCAAAAGAAGUUAGGACAAAAGGCGAAGGUGUUACCAAUUAUAUAUUUGAGAAAAUUUCAGUAUCACCACUAAACAGAACUCGUAACGAAUCUCACAAGAGACGAAAUGAGCGACAGAAUGCGGAUAAGACUGUCGUUGAAGGUGCCAAAUGGUUUCAUAAUGACACUAAGGCGUCAUCAGAAGAAAUGACGCAAGAAUAUGGAAGUGAAGAGUAUGUUAAAAAAGAUGGUGUAUUCAGGGGUUUCUUUAAUACAGUAAGACUUUUCUUUACAAGAAAACUCACAACAAAUCAGAACAAGCUUCUUAGAUACGAAUAUGUACCAGGCAAUUUUAAAUCUGGUAACAACGAUAAAACUAUUGAAGUGGAACCAUACGAGAAAUUUUCUUUUCAAGGUUUGUUUUAUUUUUUAAAGCCGAUUUUAAAUCAUUGUUGUUCAUAUAUCCUGCGGUCGAUCGCCUAUUCUGCUUUCUUAGGCUCUUACCCAGUAAUGUAGCAAUUUUUUAGCAAGUCGGUGACAGACAAAUAACCAUUAGACCCAAUGUCCAAAACCGAUUUAAUACUUGCUCUUAGUUAUAUUUACUUAAUUUAUCAGGUUUGUCUUUAAUAUUUUCAUAAAUUUUUCA